AUCGUGUAGGUACAACUGGAUUUGGACGAAACUCUUAUCGAAUUCUUACGGGGAAAUGUGGACUAUCCCUGCCACCCUGCGUCAUAUCCCACGCCUUGACAACUUAUCAAGCCGUUGUUUUUUUGGUCACCCUUUUGUCUCGCGGGAAGAUGGAAGUAGCUAGAAAACCAGGGCCCUUCUCUUAUUUAUUAGCUGGGAAACAUACAUACCUUAGGUUAGGUAUCCAGGAACCUAGUUCCAAACACUGUCACAUACAAAUAAAUACUAAGACACAUCUCUCAAACCACAACUUGUUCUAUACAAUACACUCUUUGUCCUCUAAAUCCAUCUAACUAGAAUCUAACUAGAAUCUAUCCAAAUCUCUAAACGGGAGCUAAACGGCACAAUGGCAGACCUCAAAACCACCGCUAAGACCUACACUCUCGCCUCGGGAGACAAGAUGCCCGCCAUCGGUCUAGGAACAUGGCAGUCUCCCAAGAACGAGACCGCUAAGGCCGUGAAGCACGCGCUCUCUGUUGGAUAUCGUUAUAUCGACACCGCCUAUGCGUACGGUAACGAGUCCGAGGUGGGCGAGGGAAUCCGCGCUUCCGGCGUGCCUCGCGAGCAGAUCUGGGUCACUACUAAGCUCGACAACCCCUGGCACAAGCGCGUUGCCGAGGGUAUCGACGCCUCCUUGAAGAACCUUGGUCUUGACUAUGUCGACCUCUACCUCAUGCACUGGCCCUCCUCCACCCGCCCCGACGAUCUUAAGAAGCACUACGACGACUGGAACUUCAUCGACACCUGGCGCGAGAUGCAGAAGCUGCUCGGUACCGGUAAGGUUCGCAACAUUGGCGUUUCCAACUUUGGUAUCACCAACCUCGAGAAGUUGUUGAAUGAUCCCUCUUGCAAGGUUAAGCCCGCAGUUAACCAGAUCGAACUCCACCCCAACAACCCCUCGCCGAAGCUGGUCGCCUACUGCAAGGAGAAGGGCAUCCACCGCACCGGCUACUCGUGCCUGGGAAGCACCAACUCGCCCCUAUACAAGGACCAGACCCUCCUGUCCAUCGCCGAGAAGAAGGGCAAGACCCCGCAGCAGGUCCUUCUGCAAUGGGGUAUCCAGAACGGCUGGGACGUCAUCCCCAAGUCGGUCACGCCCGAGCGAAUCGAGUCCAACUUCGCCCUUGACGGGUGGGAGCUCACGGAGGAGGAGAUGAGCAAGCUUAACAACCUUCCCGACCGCUUCAAGGUCUGCGGCGACGACUGGCUGCCGAUCAAGGUUUUCUUCGGCGACGACGAGUGAUGUUUCUUUGUUGUGUGCGUGUUUUAUUUCUCUGAAAAUUUAACAGUCUUGAUAGACUAAACUAUUAUUAUAACUUCCCCUUCCCAGCCUCCAUCUCCAACACCUCAGCCACGCACCUCCUAACCUCCUCCGCGAGCGCGGCGGCCUCGUCGUCGUCGAGCUCCUCGCGCGCGCCGCGGCCGAACAUGGUGAAGCUCUCGCGGGCGCGGCCGGCGGCGCGGAUCUCGGGGCGCGGGAUGAGGUGGUAGUGGACGUGGCGGACGACCUGGGCGGCGGCGGCGCCGUUGUUCUGGACGACGUUCCAGUCGGGGACGGCGGUGGCGCGGACCAGGGCCGCGGACAGCAGCCG